AUCCACUACAAAAUUAUAAUAACAACGUCGGUACACAUCUGUAUCAAUGAGGCCAUUGAUCACGUUUUAAAAUAUAUUUUUAUAAACAUAUUAUUGUUUCAAAAGAACAAUUAAAUUGAUUUCUCUUGGAGGCUGAGCAAUGACAUUGUCUUAGUUGCAGUUUGAAAAUUAUAAGCGGAACAUGUGUCAUUCGGCAGUCAUUGCAGUCAUUGUGCUCGUCGGUGACACCACGAGAAUAGUGGCGGCAGCAGCAGAGGCCGAUGCUUGGACCACCAUGAUGGUAUCUGCUGAACCUUCCCGCAGCAAUGAAAUUGCCAACGACCAUGUUAUAAUGCAGAUAUUAACGGACCCUAUUGUUCCACAGUCGGUAACAAACGGAGACACAACAGACGAUGUCCAAGGGAAUGCAUAUAAUGGAUUCUAUUCUUCUACAGUUAACUUCAACGAUAUCUAUAGUAACAACUUGGUGGUGCUUGGUGAGGAUCCUGCCCCGCCACCGGCGCCAGCACCAGUGCCAGAACCAGCCCCACCUUCCACAGAAAAAGAAGAAGACAGUUUCCAAUUGAAAAAUUUGCCAGCGGAAUAUGUGGAGUUUCGUCCGCAAACACAAGCAGUAUCUCCCGCGACCUUACCACCGGCAAUUUAUAUAUUGAAUUCUACAUAUAUAUUAAACAUUAACACUACUGAGAGUUCUUCUACCAGUACAACAAUAACUACAGAAGUCACAGAAGAACCGGCGGAGAACAGUGUUAAAGUUAUUCCUAUAAAGAAGGAUUAUCAAAGAGGGAUUCUAGAUCUCCUGUUCCCGGCUGCAAGAGUAAAAACGUUUAAGACUGUAUUCGAUACGUUUAGACAUUUAAUGUCGCAUACGUUCCGAUAGUUUAUAAAAUUUAGUA